AUGGUGACAUCUCACUCGGCCUCUAUUAAACAACUUGAAACUCAAUUGGGCCAAAUCUCGGCACAACUUAAUGCAAGACCAAAUGGUAGAUUGCCUAGUGACAUGGUUGUCAAUCCUAAAAAUGAUGCUCACGUCCUGGCUAUUAUCAUUAGGAGUGGUCGGAUUCUUGGUAAAGAUAUUAUUGAUCUUGGUGAAGACCCCAAUGAAAAGUCAAACAAAGAGAAAGGUAAUCCAAAGAAAAAGCUGCUAGAAGAGCCAAUUGAUAAUAAUCCAAAGCCUAAUGAGACAAGUAUUGAUGACCAAAGGCUCAAGAAGAAGGAUGAUGAUAUCAAGUUCAAGAAGUUUUUUGCAAAAUUUAUCAAUUUAUCGAUGAAUAUUCCUUUGCUAGAAUCCUUACAAGAAAUGCCCAGGUAUGUUAAAUUUAUGAAGGACUUGGUUACAAAGAAGCGAGUCAUGAAUUUUGAAACAGUUGAGGUAACCCACAAUUAUAGUGCUAUAAUGUCUAGCACAGUGGUGGCAAAGAAAGAAGACCCGCGUGCAUUUACUAUUCCUUGCACUAUUGGGAUGUACAAGUUUGGAAAAGCAUUGUGUGAUCUUGGGGAAAGUAUUAAUUUGAUGCCAUUUUCCAUGUUUCAAAAGCUAGGCUUGGGUUCUCUUAAUCCAACCACAAUGAGGCUUCUAAUGGCCGAUCGUUCAAUCAAAAAGUUCAUUGGUGUAUUGUAUGAUGUUUUGGUGAAAGUUGAUCGAUUUAUCUUUCCAGCCAACUUUGUUAUUCUUGAUUGUGAGAUUGAUCAUGAGGUCCCAAAAACUCUUGGUAGAACAUUCAUAGCUACUAGAAGGGCUUUGGUGGAUGUGGAAUGUGGGGAUAUAAAAUUUCGGGUGAACAAUGAAGAAGUAUUCUUCAAUGUGUGCAAGUCCAUGAAGUAA